AUGGUGGCUGGUCGCAUGCUGCGAAAUGUCUCCCAAGAAGCUCAUACAUGUGUUCUAUGGGAUUUAGAUCCAGAGACCUUGCAAGUGAAUCCAUACGUUGAAUAUCUUAAUUGUCCAAGAGUCCUGCGACAACUCCUGCACGAUGAGGGUGGUCAAAACGAUUCUGUUCAAGGCAGUACGAUCGAUCAAGCUGUCUCCGAGUUGAGUACUGUAAAUGUAAAACAUUUUAUUUGUUUAGACCCACCUGCUGUAUUUGUUACGCCAGACGGUACUGUGACUGUGCAAGAGUCUUCAACAGUAAAUAUUACAUGCGUAUUCGACGCAAAUCCGCCGGAUGUCACUGAAAUCGUCUGGUACAAGGACAACAGCCGCUUACAGCGGGACACAACUCAACGCCUAGAGACGAGGCAUCCUUUAUCGGCCGUGUUAGCACUUUUCAACUUGUCCAGGCAUGAUUCUGGAACCUACACAUGCCAUGUGAGGAACGCCUUCGGCAGAGGGAAUUCUACAACAGCUUCUGUGUUGAAUGUAUUAUAUCCUCAAGUAGUUCGGAUCAAAAUAUCAUCUGGCAUUGUUUCAGAAGGUGGGGAGCAUUCUGCAGUGACUCUCACUUGUGAAGCAAUUGAUGGAAAUCCACGUAAUUUCACAACCGUCCGCUGGUAUAGGAACAAUGAAUUGGUUAAUGAAACAUCAGAACCUGUUCUACACAUUAAGCACGCCAACAGACAUCAUGGUGGAAAUUACUCAUGUGAAGGUCUUAAUGCAGCUGGAUGGAGUCACAGACCAAUGUCUGAAGAACUCAUUGUUCACUAUACUCCCGGUCCUUCAACGAUACUCCAACAGCAGGAUUUAGCCGUGAAAGGACGAGCCGUAACGCUGGAAUGCAGAGUUUUGGAUCUAGGCCAUCCUCAGUCGACAAUGUUUGAAUGGCAUAAAGAAGACAGGAUAUUGAACGAGACCGGGCCUCUUCUACACCUGAAACCCAUUACGGUUACGACGCAAGGAAAUUACUCCUGUGCUGCAGUGAACGACAUAGGCCCCGGGCCAGCCUCCUACUUCAGCCUAUCCGCCGUAGCACCGCCCGCCUUCGUGAAGAAAUUACCAGAAAGGGGUGGAGUCCUGAGGAACACGACCAAUGUCCAGUUGUUCUGCCACGUCGAAUGUCACCCACUGUGCGAGCUAGAAUGGUUGCGUAACAACGAAAGCCUCAGGGAUUCCAUAGUAUUCGAGAGCAAGCUUGCCCACCAUAGACCUGACCCUCGUCGUAACCUCUUCAGUUCCAUCAGUUCUGUUCUCACGUGGAAUAUGAGUCUCCUACCUGUCAACAGCUUUGAUUAUGCCACAUUCACCUGCAGAAGUUCCGGGAAUGAGAUAGGAGCUGGAGUAUCCAGCACCAUGGCUUUUAGAGUGGAGUAUCCACCAGAAAACAUCCAGAUUUCUGCAGUGCGAUUGGAAGUGAUGGAGGGCGAAAUUUUGGAUGAUUUAAUAUGUAAUGCUCUGGCGCAUCCAUUAGCUGAUUACACCUGGAAGGUCGGAAGACGAGUGGUAGCCAGAGGACCAGUGUUGUCUUUCAAUUCUUCUUUGUCUAGAGCUAUGGGUGGUAACUACACAUGCGUUGUCACCAAUCGCCAUGGGACUGCACGUGCGACUGUCUCCAUUACAGUUCUUCAUCGACCUGUCUGUAGCAUGUGGAAGGAUUAUACAGAUGAAGGAAGUGUAGUCCUCAGUUGCCGGUCUUCUGCCAAUCCUCCGGCUUUCAACUUCUCUUGGAUGCGCAACAAUGAAUCCAUCUUUAGCGAGACCAGGGAGUCAAGUCGCCAGGAAAGCAUCAUAGCUCUGUCGGGUUCUAAUCCCAACGUAUAUGGAAAAUAUUCCUGCAUAGCAGCCAAUGAAAUAGGAGCAUCCGAUCCUUGCUACUUAGAUCUAACUGCUUUACCAUCUCCAGCUGGUUGGGUUCAACUAUUACUUCAGAAGAAGAAAAUCUCCUUAUUGUCGCAGGGGUCGCAGGAGCUAUAGGAAUUUUACUAAUUAUUCUUUUAACAACUGCUGUGGCCAUCGUCCUUAAACGCCGC